ACUUAUUCCUGCGCAUAUUUUCGCUCUGCUUGUGGCACCGCUUCAAAAUUUUGUAGUUUACUUCUACGAUGUUGAUAGUUAAUCUUCUAAUAUAAGUUUUAUAUUUGGAGAAUAAUAGAAAAUUGAAGGGCAAUUUGUUUAAAGUUAACGUAAAACAAAUAUACCCAAAUUUUAAUAAAAUAUAAUUUUAUUAAAUUUUAUCAAGAUGAUUGAAAAGCCAAAAGCUUUUUUGGAUAUAACUGCUGGCAAUGAUAAACUUGGUCGCAUAGUAAUUGAACUGGAUGCCAAGAGAUGCCCUAAGACAGUAGAAAAUUUUAUGGCGCUUUGUAAUGGGGACUCUGGAUUUAGUCGAAGAUUUCAAAAACCAUUACAUUACAAAGGAUGCAUUUUUCACCGCGUUAUAAAAGAUUUUAUGAUCCAGGGUGGAGAUUUCGGAAAUAUGAAUGGAACUGGUGGUGAAUCAAUAUACGGUGGAACUUUCGAAGAUGAAGAUCUUUCGGAGAGGUUAGACCAACCUUAUUUACUUUGUAUGGCGAAUAAAGGAAAAGAUACGAAUGGAUCUCAAUUUUUCAUAACCACUGUGCCAACUCCACACUUGAAUGGAAAACACGUUGUCUUUGGACGAGUUAUCGAAGGUGAAAAAGUUGUUAAACUAAUUGAGGGCGUGGAAACAGAUAGUAAAGAUAAACCUUUGGUUAACGUUACUGUAGCGGACUGUGGGGAAAUAAAAGAAAAGAAAAAAAAAAAGAAAGAUAAAUGCAAGGAAAAAGAAAAAGAGAAGAAGAAGAAGAAAAAGGAAAAGAAAGAGAAAAAGAAGAAGAAGAAAAAGAAAAAGAAGAAGGAUAAAGAUGAAAGUGAUGAAUCCGAAGAGUCGGAGAAAGACGACGAGGAUAAUCAGCAUUUUUCUACUGUUCGACCUGAAGAAAUACCUGAUGGGGGAUCGACGAAUUUCCUAAGAGAUAGAGAUGAUAAAAAUGAAACGUCUGAAAAAAAAUUGAAUAAAGAUACUGUUCUACGCCCGCGAAGAUGCAAUCGUGAUGGGACAGUUGUUAAAGGCCACGGAGUAUUACGCUAUAGAAGAUCAUCCAGAUCUAGAAGUCAAACUCCACCAUAUUGGAAAAGAGAGAUUCGAAAAUAUAAUACACAUAGCCCAAGCAGAAAUGAGUCUAGACCGAGCGAUGAUCUCAGAUGGAAAACCGAGCCGAGGCGUCAACCUGCUCCUCGAAAUGAUCGUAGCAGAAAUGGUUCUAGGCGAUCAAGAUCUCCGAACCGUUGGCGAGAUCGCCGGAGGCAAUCAGAAAAUGAUAGAUCGCCUGAUCGAAAGGUAUCGGAAAGACAAUCUGGACGAUAUAGUGAUAAGAUGGAUAGGUUUAGAGAUAAUUCAUCGUCGUCCCAUUCUCGGAGUAGUCGCUCAGAAAGUAGAGGAUCAACUUCAAAAAAACAUGAAGCAUCUCCCUCGAGAAGAUUAUUCUCUGACAGAGAUAGAUCUCAAUCCCCAAAACAUCACUCUGAUGACUGUAAACCGCAACCGGAGAAAACCGUUCGAUCGGAUAAAAACAGGUCCGAAUCCCCCAAGAAGAAAAGGGAGAGGAGCAGAUCACGAAGCCUUGACAGCCAGCAAGCAAAGAAAAUAUCUACUGGAGUUCCAUCCGAAAAUGCUGAAAGACGUUACACUUCUAGAAUGUCGAAUAAAAAUUCCUCCAGGGAGAGACAGGAUCGUGAUGAUAGACGUAAAGCUUCAAGAUCAGAAAGUAGAUCGAGAUCUAGAAGUAAAAAUCGUGGUAAUGAUCGCCGUUAUCGAUAUGAUCAUCUGAAAGAAAACGGAGUCGAUCGAGAAGUAUAUCUAGACGAAGACCCUCCUCCAGAUCAAACAGCCGGUCUCGACGAAGAUCAUGGAAGAGAUCCAGAGGCAGAUCCAGUAGUAGUUCAAGCAGUGGAUCAAGAAGCCGUUCUAAAAGUUAUAACAAAACUUCCCAUAGACGGCGAUGUCGAUCCUCAAAUUCUAAUGAUAAUGAUGAAUCUGAUGUCGAAAGAGAUAGGCGAUACGGAAAAGAUAAAGCAGGAAGAGGUUAUAAAUCUUUCAUCGGGUAGUGAAUUGGCGGAUGGGGUUAUUAUACCAGAUAUUCCAUUACCUGACGACUGA